UUCAUCAGUUCAACUUUUAACAAUGUUCCGUUCAAUCAUCUUUACUUGCUUAUUAGUAGCUGUUUCUGCUUAUUGGCAACCGAAAGGAAACCGCAUUGUUGGUGGCAGCGAGAUUUCUAUCGAUAAACGUCCUUUCCAAGUUUCUUUGCAAUACUAUGGAAGUCACUAUUGCGGCGGUUCAAUUCUGAACAAAUACACAAUUUUAACUGCUGCUCAUUGUACCCAAAAUGCUGCCAAAAAUUAUAAAAUUCGUGCUGGUUCUACGAUAAAAAGCGAAGGAGGUCAAUUGAUCCAAGUUUCAGAAAUUGUCAAUCAUCCCAAAUAUGGAAAGAAAGGUCAUGACUCUGACGUUGCCAUCUUGAAACUCGCAGUACCAUUGACAUUCAACGAUGAUGUUCAACCUAUUAAAUUGGCGCCAAAAGGAUACACGAUCGAUGAUGGAGAAACUGUUGUUGUUAGCGGAUGGGGAGAUUUGUCAGAUGGCGGAUCAUCUCCAACCAAUCUUUAUCAAGUCGGUGUUCCAGCUGUUAACCAAACUGUAUGUGCAAAUGCUUAUAAAAAAGGUAUCUCUGACAAUAUGCUUUGUGCUGGGGUUGGAGGUAAAGAUUCUUGUCAAGGAGAUUCAGGAGGUCCAUUGACUCAUGGCGAUUUGCAUGUUGGUACUGUUUCAUGGGGACGUGGAUGUGCAUUGGCUGGAUAUCCAGGCGUUUAUGCUCGUACCUCUGAAUUGCGUGAAUUCAUCGAUCAAUAUGUUUAAGCAAAUAUAUAUUUAAAUUAAGUCGAAGACUCAAUAAAUCUCGUUUAACAUAUA